GUUCGGGACGGGUUCGGAUGCGUCGCAGCGCAGCUGAGCAGACGAAUCACGAAUGCCAAAACCCUUCAUUCAACAUUGAGUUAAAGCCUGUAAUUUCUUAAUUCUUACCUUUAAAGCGGCCCAAGUCAGUUGGGGCUCCUGGCAAUGGCCGCCAAUAGAGGGUUUGUCGCUCUUGGUCAGUCAUGGAAACUGUCGCGCAGUUUUGGAGAUGUGUCUACCUUAAGCAAAACUGUGGUUCGAUGUGCAUCCUCUAACCUUCCAUCGGACAGGGUUACCCAUACGGGACAAAAAUGGGACGAAGAUGAUUACAGAAUGGUCCGAUUUGUAAACAAAACCAAACUUGUCAAUGAAAAUUGGGCUGCUAAGCUCAUUGAGAGUGUCCCUCCAGAGAUAAGGAAGGAACGCGUGGUCUCAUGCGAUGGUGGUGGUGGACCAACUGGCCACCCUAAGGUCUACAUCAACCUGGACCAACCAGGGAACCACUCAUGCUUGUAUUGUGGUCUCCGCUUCAAGAAGGAUGGCAGUCAUCACUAGUGAAUUUUCUUUAUUUGAGGACCGUUUAGAAGAAUUAUUCUUGUUCUUAUAUUUAAAUUGAUAAUAAAUUACAACUCUUCUUA